AUGAAAAUAACCACCCUCUCAAUCUUUGCCAUGUUGAACGCCUUCUCCGCUGCCACACCUGCGGCUGAUUUUCUUCAACAUCUCGAUCGUCGUGCAGUAAACUGCGGAAGCAUUGUCCCAGCAUGCUUCGGAGGUACUAUCGUCGGCCAAACUGACUGCCGCUGCAAGGGACAGGUAGAGAGAUGCGACUUGUGGACUUGCCCAGACGCCAGCACCAAGACUAUGGUUUGCGGACAAAACAGAAGCGGCUGUGUCUACAUCUAA